AUCACAAAAUACCCACCCAAUUCGGUGCAGCAGAACGGAAGCAAGAGUGGAAAAUGGUGGCGGCUCUGUUACAGUUACAGAGGCGUCUCUUUUGCUCCAAAGUAUCUCAAACCCAUCGCCAGCAGCGCCAAUGGAGCGUCAAGCAGGUAACCAAGUCCAACUUCAAGGACUCCCUGGAGGAGUUCAGUACUCACUUAUCCUCCUCCGACUUCAUCGCCGUUUCCCUCCAAAACACCGGCUCCUUCAACGCCCCGUGGCACCGCGUCUCCCCCUUCGACACCCCAGAUACCGCCUACCUCAAGGCCCGGUAUGCCGCCGACCGAUUCCAGCUCCUCCAGUUCGCUGUCUGUCCGUUCAAGAUCACCGACGGCUCGAAAGUCACCGCCCACCCGUAUAAUUUUCAUUUGUUCCCCAGGGAUGAAUUAAACCUGGGGAUGCCUUCUUAUAGUUUUUCCUGUCAACCAUCGUUUUUGACUGCCAUGGCUCGUCAAGGUUUCGAUUUCAAUGCCUGCAUUAAUGACGGUAUAUCUUACUUAUCCAGAGCACAAGAGUCAGUGGCUAAAGUUCGAAUGGGGAAUCCAAUACCCAUUUGCAAUUUUAUGCAAUCUUCUACUACGCCCCCUACUGUUGCUGACUCAAUAUUCAAAGAAAGGAUCAAAUCACGGCUUAAGCAUUGGAAACAUGGAUUAGACAACUCUAGCAUGAAGACAGAAGAGGCUCUUGUGAGUUCCCUGAGAAAACUUAUUAGUGGGUUUGAACAGUACAGUUCUAGACCAUGCAUCACAAUAGAUGUUUGCAGUGAUCGACAAGUUCAACUUGUGAUAGAGGUGGUUGGGGAGUUCUCUGAUGACCUUGUUCCCUUGAUCCUCCCAUCGAAGGGAGGAGAAGUCCAGUCAGUUCGUGUUGUUUUGACGAGUUCAAAAGAAGACAAAGAUCUGCUUGAGAGGGAGAUUCAAAAUCUUGAAUACAAUCACAACCAGAAAGUUCGUGGCUUUCGAGAAGUGAUCGAUUUGAUAUCUGCUUCGCAGAAACCUGUUGUCUCCCACAAUACCCUUAAUGAUUUUUCAUUUAUUCAUUCAAAGUUCAUAGCUCCACUUCCCCCCAGCUUGAAUGAGUUUGUGUCAUCUUUGUCCAUGGUUUUCCCUUCUAUCUUUGAUAUCAACCAUCUGAUGAAGGAAACUGGUGCUCUAGAAAAAUGUACUAACUUGUUUGCAGCCAAAUCGUACCUCAAGAAUCGGUUCUUUGUGCCCAUUGACAUUGAUGUUCAACAUCAAGCUUUAUCUAAUGAAGGCAAGAUUCAUGGGCAAAAUGUCGUGAGGAUAUGUCAGUUAUUUGCAAAACUAUGCUCCGUACUGAGAAUCACUUCCACUGCUAUGGAGUUGGGGAACAAACAUGUGGCAUCAGGCCUUGAAGGUUAUGCAAACAUCUUCAAUUCGUUCUCUAGAAGGCCCCAAGAACCAGUUGAUGGGGACAUCAGAGUUUGGACGAAGAGCCCCAGAAAAGCAAGCUGUGAGGAUUUGGUUUUCCUGUGGGGAUUUGGAGAUAGGCUUUCCACUCGAAUGCUAAAAGGUCUGCUUCAAGGGGCACAUGAUAUUUUCUCAGAAGAAUUUGAUGUGCGUCUAGUUGAUAAUAGCUGUGCGAUUGUAGUUUUCUGGCAAUCUGGUUUAGCUCAAUCUUUCCUGGAUGCAAUGAACAGUGACAAAAUCAGUGGAUCAUUAAGGGAUAUGGUAUCAGAAGGCCUAAGGGCUGUAGGUUACGGGACAUACAAGAGAGCCUGUGAGUUGGGUUUAUGGGAGGUAGAUUUAGCAGAUUCAUUAGAGAAGGCAAUGGACGAUGUUGAUUGCUCUGAUAAAAGUGAUUCCGAUACAAAGCCGUCAGAGAUUUACUGGUGCAAUGACUUAAUGAUUAAUUUGGAUGAUCUUUGAGGUAAAUGAUGUUUCAAUUCUCAUGUAGUAUCUAUAUUUGGAGCAACUGAAAAAUUCACUUGGAGUAUACAUUUUUUUUUUUUUUGGUAUCCUUACCAAUUCUAGGGUAGUCUCAACCAAAUUUUUAAUCUGAGUUUGAGUAAGACCCUCAGUUGUAGGGCUCUAAUUAUUUUUAGAGUUUAAAAUUUAAGCACAUGAAAACAGUUGUCUUUGCAUUGCAAUUAUAUAAUUAACUUUUUUGAGAUGGAUAAGACGGCUUAUUUUUAGCCAAGU